UUUAGGAGGACGGGCCUGGGCUUGCGGCCGCCGUUACCGAGCUGGCGCCCUCCGUUCCCAAUGUGUCACUCCUGGGCGAGCUCUCAGGCCUGGCCGCUCGGCCCUGCGCGGUGGCCUGGCCUCCCUGCGGGCGCGGGGGCCGCCCCUCCCGGCUGCCCGUGGUCACUUCGGCAGGAGGCCUCUCCGCGCUUCCCGCUCCGGGUGGGGGACCACGGCCGUCCCGCUGAUCUCGCCUCGCCCGCCCGGGCGGGGUCUCGGCCUCCACGCAGCACGCGGAGGAGGCUCGGGGCGCGGCCAGAGGGGCGCGGCCGUCGCUGCGGUUGAGCCAGUUCCCGUUCCGGCCGGCGCUGCGGCGGCUGCCUCCCCAGCCCCUGGCGCAGCCCCGCGCUGCGCCGCCCGCCCGCGUGCUCCCGGCGCACCCGGCUCUCGCUCUGGCUUCCCGCUUCUGCGAGGUCUGCACACCUCGUGGCCAAAUUCCAGAAAGAAAUUGGAAAUUGACAAUAGUAGGAGAGACUGUCAUUUUAACAUACUCUCACUUGCUUCAAAGAACACAUACCCGAAUCUUUGAAAGUGUAGUUGACGUACAAUGUUAUGCCAAUUUCCACUUUACAGCAGAAUGACCCGAUCCUGCAGCCUUUACACUCUUUUUGACUUUGCACUGAGAGGCUGGCCCUGGAUCCGGAUCGCCCUUCUGCCGGGAAGACACACAUGCAGCCAAAGAUGAAUUUGGGAAACGCAGCCACUUGCUCCUUUAACCAUGGAAAAGCAGGGCCGCAGUGAGAUGGAAGCAGCCCCGUCAGAGUCUCCCUCCUACAUUAAAUUGUUGAAAGUCAACCGGGAGCAUCUGGUCACCCACAUCCGCAACACCCAGUGUCUGGUGGACAACUUGCUGCACAACGACUACUUCUCCGUGGAAGACGCCGAGAUCGUGUGCGCCGGCCCCACGCAGCCCGACAAGGUGCGCAAAGUUCUGGACCUGGUGCAGAGCAAGGGUGAGGAGGUGUCGGAGUUCUUCCUCUUCGUGCUCCAGCAGCUCGCAGAUGCUUACGUGGACCUCAGGCCUUGGCUAGCCGAGAUCGGCUUCUCCCCUUCCCAGCUCGUUCAGGGCAAAGCUGUCGUCAACACCGAUCCAGUGAGCAGAUACUCCCAGAAGCUGCGUCACCAACUGAGCCGGGACUCCAAGUUCAUCCUGUGCUAUGCCCAGAAGGAGGAGCUACUGCUGGAGGAGAUGUAUACGGACACCAUGGUGGAGCUGGUGGACUUUGGCAACGAGAGCCUGGGCAGUGUAGGCAGCCUGGCCUGCCUCCUGGACCCCUCCACGGGCGUCCUUAACAAGGAGGGGGAGACCAUUUUCAUCUUCGGCGACGCGGGGGUGGGCAAGUCCAUGCUGCUGCAGCGGCUGCAGAGCCUCUGGGCCUCUGGCCAGCUGGAUCCUGGGCUCAAGUUCUUCUUCCACUUCCGCUGCCGCAUGUUCAGCUGCUUCAAGGAGAGCGCCACCCUCUGUCUGCAGGACCUGCUCUUCAAGCACUACUGCUUCCCGGAGCAGGACCCCGAGGAGGUGUUCACCUUCCUGCUGCGCUUCCCUCACACUGCCCUCUUCACCUUCGACGGCCUGGACGAGCUCCACUCGGACUUCGACCUGAGCGCCGAGCCGGACACCUCCUCCCCCUGGGAGCCAGCCCACCCCCUGGCCCUGCUGGCCAACCUGCUCAGCGGGAAGCUGCUCAAGGGGGCCCGCAAACUGCUCACGGCCCGCACGGGCGUCGAGAUCCCGCGCCAGCUCCUCUGGAAGAAGGUGCUCCUGCGGGGCUUCUCCCCCAGCCACCUGCGCGCCUUCACGGGGAGGAUGUUCCCCGAACGCGCCGUGCGCCAGCGCCUGCUGGACCAGCUGGAAGCCAACCCCAACCUCUGCAGCCUGUGCGCCGUGCCGCUCUUCUGCUGGAUCAUCUUCCGCUGCUUCCAGCACUUCCACGACGCCUUCGACAGCUCCCUGCAGCUGCCCGACCGCACGGUGACCCUGACCGAUGUCUUCCUGCUGGUCACCGAGGUCCAUCUGAACAGGACGCAGCCCACCAGCCUGGUGCAGCGCAACACGCGGAGCCAGACGGAGACCUUCCGCGCCGGCCAGGGCACCCUGCGUUCGCUGGGGCAGGUGGCCCACUGGGGCAUGGAGAGGAGCCUCUUCCUUUUCAACCAGGAGGAGGUGCAGGCGUCCGAGGUGCAGGAGGGGGACCUGCAGCUGGGCUUCCUGCGGGCAGUGCCAGAGUUGGGCCUCGGAGGGGACCAGCAGUCCUACGAAUUUCUCCAUCUCACCCUUCAGGCCUUCUUUGCCGCCCUCUUUCUCGUGGUGGAUGACAGUGUGGGCCCUCAGGAGCUGCUGCGGUUCUUCCAGGAGUGGGUGCCUCCUGGGGAGACAGAGGCCACGUCCUGCUUCCUCCCCUUCCUCCCUGGCCAGUGCUUGGGGGGUCGUGGCCUGGUGGGGGAGGACCCCUUCAAGAAUAAGGACCACUUUCAUUUUACCAACCUCUUCCUGUGCGGGCUGCUGUCCAAAGGCAAACAGAAACUCCUGCGGCACCUGGUGCCCGCCACCACCCUGCGCAGAAAGCGCAAAGCCCUGUGGGCUCACCUGUUCUCCAGCCUGCGCUCCCACCUGAAGAACCUGCCCCGAGUUCAGUCGGGGGGCUUCAGCCAGGUGCAGGCCAUGCCCACCUUCAUCUGGAUGCUGCGCUGCAUCUACGAGACGCAGAGCGAGAAGGUGGGGCAGCUGGCUGCCAGGGGCAUCUGUGCCAACUACCUCAAGCUGACCUUCUGCAACGCCUGCUCGGCCGACUGCAGCGCCCUCUCCUUCGUCCUGCACCACUUCCGCAAGCAGCUGGCCCUCGACCUGGACAACAACAACCUCAAUGACUACGGCGUGCGGGAGCUGCAGCCCUGCUUCAGCCGCCUCACGGUCAUCAGACUCAGUGUAAACCAGAUCACUGACAGUGGGGUGAAGGUGCUAUAUGAAGAGCUGACCAAAUACAAAAUCGUGACAUUUUUAGGCUUAUACAACAACCAGAUCACUGAUGUCGGAGCCAGGUACGUCGCCAGAAUCCUGGAUGAGUGCAAAGGCCUCAAGUGCCUGAAACUGGGAAAAAACAAAAUCACGAGCGAAGGAGGAAAGUGCCUGGCCCGGGCUGUGAAGAACAGCAGAUCCAUCUUUGAAGUUGGGAUGUGGGGCAACCGAAUCGGCGACGAAGGGGCGAAGGCCUUCGCAGAGGCUCUGAGGAACCACCCCAGCCUGACCAACCUGAGUCUUGCAUUCAACGGCAUCUCUACAGAAGGAGGAAAGAGCCUCGCGCAGGCCCUGAAGCAGAAUGCAUCUCUGAGAAUAUUCUGGCUCACCCAAAAUGAGCUCGAUGACGAAGUGGCAGAGAGCUUAGCAGAGAUGCUGAAAGUCAACCAGACGUUGAAACACUUAUGGCUUAUCCAGAACCAGAUCACAGCCAGGGGGACUGCCCGGCUGGCGGAUGCCUUACAGAAGAACACUGGCAUAAUGGAGAUUUGCUUAAAUGGAAACCUGAUAAAGCCGGAGGAGGCCAAAGUCUUUGAAGACGAGAAGCGGAUUGUCUGUUUCUGAGCCGUUGUCUGACUUGGAGGUUUGAAACACGCCACGGGCAGCUGAGGCGGGGCUUCCGGGAACCCUGCCUUCAGGGUGCAAACCAACCUCCGUGCAGGGGCCCUGACUGGCAGAGUCCCUGAGCAGCGGUGACAGUGCCUCAGAAAAGCACAGGCUGUUUCAGUGACUGUGAACACACCGUGAAGAGGGGUUAAUGCACAGCCAGGCGCAUUUUCAUCGGCAACUAGAGGAAUGAGACUUUGAGCUCUGACAAACACCUGCCCAGAGCCCAGGGGGAGGGAGUGGAUCCUUGCCCUGUUCCCUGAAGCGUUGAGGGCAGGGUGCAGAGUUGGUGCCCUGUGUCUUGGGGAAGAGGUGCUCAACGAACAAAAGAGUUUUUACCUGAAAUGUUCUCUUCCUCUGAAGCCCUCCCCAGUUCGCAGGUAGCGAUCCGGCGGUGUGCGGCGUCUGGGGGUCUGCCUCGUCCAAGGUCUGGUCGGGAGUCAGGGCCAAGAGAAGGACCCACCACACAGGCUUCGGUUUGGGUCCUGGAGUCUCACCGUGCGCUGACAAAGAUCGCAGGCUGCCCUCCUAGCCAGUCUGAGGGACAGGACGAUGCCUUGGUGAUGCUGAGGCUCCACUCAGCCCUUCACGUGGCGGGGCUGGCCUCUGGCAGGCUGAUGCUGUGUGCAGAGGUGCCCCGGGCGGGAGGAAGAAUCAGUGCCCACCUCCAAAAGGAAAAGCGCCUGGAUUGCCCUUGGGCCCUGGCACCCAAACAGGAGCUUCUUCCUCUCUUGCCCUGCUGGGGAAGGGAAAUCUCUUCUGCCCCCAAGCAGUUGUGAGGGUGACUGAGUCACAGGCAAGAUUCAGGGCCCCUGAGGCCCCAGCCAGCAGAGCGGGCCACCCCGGGGGGCACGUGGGGGAUGCUACGUGGGGGAGGGGGCCCAAUGACCAGGUAACUUUGUUCUUUAGGUAAAAUACCAAAAAUACUCAUUAUUUCUAAUUGCCUGGAUCUGGGAUUUUCAAAAGGGACUGGGGUUGGUGAGCGUGCUAUGACCCCUGAACCCCAGGCCUGGCUCCCUCAGAGGCACUCACUGCAUGGGGGGGGGGGGGGCGCCUGGGGUGCUGUGGGGCGAGCCUGACCAGAGAAGGCCAGAGGCAUCCUCACUGUGAUCCUUUGCGGGCCCCUCACCUACCACAGGACCAGAAACAGCAGAGGAAGCAUCGGAGGCCUUCCAUCUGACCGCCCGAUCCACCAGGCGGCUUCUCAGAAGAAAGAACUUGAGUCUGGGGCGGCAGAGGCCAGGAUACACUGGCAGGGCCGAGUUCCACAGCCCUCACCGCUGGGCUGGGGUGAGUCCUGGCCAGCCAGCCUUGACAUCUGCUGCCUUCCUCGGCUGUUCACUGCCCGGGGGUGCACGGAGGUGGGCCCGCAUCCCCUGUGGCAAGAGGCACCAAGCAUGAGAGGGGCAGGGGGUUCUCCAGCGGAAUCUGCGAGUUCUCAGAAGCCCAGCCUGGCUUUCUACUGCAGCCCCUGUUAGGAAGGGAGCAGUGCAGGAGGUUAGCCCUGAAGGUAAUGGGGAAAAUGCCACACAGUCACUCAGCCUCAGGGGACGGUUCCCCUAAGGCACUGCUUUGGGGGUUCCUACCCCCCAACUUGAGUAUUUGCCUACUUGUCACCCCCCAACAGCAGCAACUCUCUGGGCCGCAGACACAACCAGAAAGGACAAAGGAAAGAGCGUUGGGAAGCUCAAGGUCAAGGGUGCUUAGAACAGACUUCAGACUUGCCGAGAGAACCACACUCCUCAGCGGACGCCUUCAUAUUUUAUUAAAGUGCGAACGCUCAACUUUCAAGCCUAAAAUGUACCCAGAAAGUGCCAAAUAUUACUGCUUUUAGAGACUGUCAGAAUUAAAACUGCUGCCUCUAAGGGGAGUUGGAUUUGUAUGGUGUUGACCUAAAUUCUGACUUGGAAGUACGUUGAUCAUCUAGAUGGUAAAUGAUAGAUGUUCUGUUUUUCUUAUAAAAGUGCAACCAGCCUCCUAAUUUGCUGGAAAGUUUCUCCAGUACCCAGAGGUGAGCGCCUGUGCAGAGAAGUGGAGGCUUUUCCAAAUCAAGGAAAAGAGGUGAAAAUUGGGGGAGGGGCUACAAAGGAAUUUCGUGAACUUGGGACAUGACUGUUUCUUUCCACGGGACACAUGGGUUGAUUUGAAGACAGAAAUUACACCUCCCAUUUUUCAGACCUACAUUUAUGGCACGUCCAUGCUGACUGGGAACUUAUGAGCUGUGUCAAGUCACUGUGGGGCUUUGGGCCACGUCCUGAGAAUUGGGGAUCCCAGAGUACCGGCUCGUGGGGUGGUUGUGAGGAUUAAAUGAGCCGAUACAUGGAAAGCGGUUUGCACGGUGCCUGGCACAGGGUUGACGCCCCAUAUGUGAUGUGAUGGCAUAAAGCCGUUUCUCACCCGCAGGUGUCCUCUUCUCACUCUGAGACUUAGGGAACUUCCCAGCAAGGUCAAAGAUGGGGGGACUGAAAGUUCUCAAAGCUCAGGUCAAAAAACAUUCAGCAUCAAGCCUCCUGCACUACCCUAGCUUCCUCAGGGAAAAGCAUAGCUGUUAGUUGUCACCAUUCCCGCCGAAGGGCCCCACCAUCGAAGUGUCACUCACUGGAUAGAGGGAGGUGCCUUCCUAUCUUCACUGCACAGUAAGAACAGAGAGGACGCUGGCACCACGGCCCAGAGCCGGGCCCUCCAGCUUCUGACAGGUGUCCCUUUCAGGUCCCCAGCUCAGAAGGAGCAUUUGGCUCCGCGGUGUUGGUCCCUUUCCAGGUGUGACACACGUCUACUUCCAGUAACUAAUUGCUCAUUUAUAGGAAAACAAAACCAAACGAAACCCUUGCUCUGGAGCUGAAAGGCAAAACGGUGACCAUUAUCCCAGGCUCCUAGACAGGAAUUUUAAUGAAAAUGGAAUUAGCUGGUAAGGAAACCAAAGCUCAGGUUACCACACAGGGAGCGGGGGUGGGAGUGGGGGGGAGAAGUUGGGGGGGGGGUCCCUUCCCAGCCUGAUGCUCACAGCCUUCAACCUAAGGUAACUGCACCCAAGACCAGCUGAAAACUUUUAGAAGCACAAACCCAGGUCCCCAGUGUUCUGUAAUAUUUUUAAAAAGAUUUGAAAUAAAAAUAAGUUACGAAAUAA